UCCUCCCUCCAACCAAACGCGCCCUUCAGAUUUGAAGAACGUCAACUUCCAUCAGCCCCUUCCAGCAAAAGCAGUGGUGAGGGAAGAUGGGAUUUGUAGUCCAAAAGCAUCUGAAGGCAAGAGGCUGGAGCUGUGCGGUGCUUCGUGUUUGAUUAAUUCAGAAGGAGCUUACUGUUCUGGUACAAGAUGGGAUGUUUAAGACAUCGCUUAGAAUUAUUUCCUGACUGCCUUGUGACUGUUAUCCUAUUUAAUGGUGUGAAAAAUGCUGCUACUCUGCGGAGGAAAGCAAUGGAAGGUGCUAUCGAUGGAGCAUUAAUUAAUCCUUCAAUGGUUGUUGAUCCUUUUCAGAUACUAGUAGCCGCAAAUAAAGCUGUUCAUCUCUACAAAAUUGGCAAAAUGAAGACAAGAACACUUAAUGCUGAAAUCAUAUUCAACCUUUCACCGAACAAUAAUAUUACAGAUGCCUUCAAAAAAUUCGGCAUUUCUGAUAGCGACUCUGCAGUCCUCAUAGUUUUGAUUGAACACGAAAAGAAAACUGUGAACCUGAACGACAUAAUAAGUGAAGUAGAUGGCCAGCAAGUUUCCAUUGAUCAUCUCUCUGAAAUAAGUGACGUACAAAAAAUUAAGAAGGUAUAUAAGCUCACUCCACAAGAAGAAAAAAUAGGCACCCUGCUGGAUGGCAUCAUUUGCAGAAUGGCAACCAAAGAAAUAUGACUGCAUUAGAAAUGACAGCUGUUCGUUACUGAAAGAAAUUUUAUUUUAAUUUUCUUCCCCCUCUUGUUAUGUCGGCAUUAAAUGUAUUUUGGGAUCUCUGA